UCCUGUUGGGAUUAUCUCCUGCUCUCCUCUGCUCCUCCGCGCUCCGCGCUCGAAGCCGCCGCUGGGCUUCAGCGGCUCGGACUCGUGCCCACCCGGUGCCACCGCUGCCCCGGGGGCCUCGAGGAGACAGACAGACGGACGGACCCCUGGGCGGCGAGACCAUGAGGAAAUUCAACAUCAGGAAGGUGCUGGACGGCCUGACCGCAGGCUCGUCCUCGGCCUCGCAACAGCAGCAACAGCAGCAGCACCCGCCUGGGAACCGGGAGCCCGAGAUCCAGGAGACGCUCCAGUCCGAGCACUUCCAACUCUGCAAGACUGUUCGCCAUGGAUUCCCCUAUCAGCCCUCAGCCCUGGCCUUUGAUCCCGUACAGAAGAUCCUGGCAGUAGGAACUCAGACUGGUGCUUUAAGGCUCUUUGGUCGCCCGGGAGUGGAGUGUUAUUGCCAGCAUGAGAGUGGAGCAGCACUAAUCCAACUCCAGUUCCUGAUUAACGAGGGAGCCCUCGUGAGUGCCUUGGCUGAUGACACCUUACACUUGUGGAAUUUACGUCAGAAAAGGCCUGCCAUACUACAUUCACUUAAAUUUUGCAGAGAAAGGGUUACAUUUUGCCAUCUGCCUUUCCAGAGUAAGUGGCUCUAUGUAGGCACUGAACGAGGUAAUAUACAUAUUGUCAAUGUGGAGUCCUUCACACUCUCAGGCUAUGUCAUUAUGUGGAAUAAAGCCAUUGAACUGUCAUCUAAAUCUCACCCAGGUCCUGUUGUCCAUAUAAGUGAUAAUCCCAUGGAUGAGGGGAAGCUUUUGAUUGGCUUUGAAUCUGGAACAGUUGUCUUAUGGGACCUCAAGUCAAAGAAGGCUGACUACAGAUACACAUAUGAUGAGGCUAUUCACUCGGUGGCUUGGCAUCAUGAAGGAAAACAAUUUAUUUGCAGUCAUUCUGAUGGUACUUUGACCAUAUGGAAUGUGAGGUCCCCUGCUAAACCUGUACAGACCAUCACUCCUCAUGGAAAACAGUUAAAGGAUGGGAAGAAACCAGAGCCAUGCAAGCCUAUCCUGAAGGUGGAGUUCAAAACGACUAGAUCUGGGGAACCUUUUAUUAUUUUGUCAGGAGGCUUGUCAUAUGAUACUGUGGGGAGAAGGCCUUGCUUAACAGUGAUGCACGGGAAAAGCACGGCUGUGCUGGAAAUGGACUAUUCAAUUGUUGACUUUCUCACACUCUGUGAAACACCAUACCCAAACGAUUUUCAAGAACCAUAUGCUGUGGUUGUCCUGCUGGAAAAGGAUUUAGUACUGAUAGACCUUGCACAAAAUGGAUACCCUAUAUUUGAGAAUCCCUACCCUUUGAGUAUACACGAGUCCCCUGUUACAUGUUGUGAAUAUUUUGCUGAUUGUCCUGUGGACCUCAUUCCUGCACUUUAUUCUGUUGGAGCUAGACAGAAACGUCAAGGCUACAGCAAAAAGGAAUGGCCCAUCAAUGGAGGUAAUUGGGGCUUGGGUGCUCAAAGUUACCCAGAAAUAAUUAUUACAGGGCAUGCUGAUGGGUCAGUUAAGUUCUGGGAUGCUUCUGCAAUAACUCUACAAGUACUGUAUAAAUUAAAAACAUCUAAAUUGUUUGAAAAGUCAAGAAAUAAAGAUGACCGACCAAACACCGACAUUGUAGAUGAAGAUCCAUACGCCAUUCAGAUCAUCUCCUGGUGCCCAGAGAGCAGAAUGCUGUGCAUAGCUGGAGUGUCAGCUCACGUCAUCAUUUAUAGAUUCAGCAAACAGGAAGUGGUCACAGAAGUCAUCCCGAUGCUUGAAGUUCGACUGUUAUAUGAAAUAAAUGAUGUGGAGACGCCAGAGGGUGAGCAGCCGCCACCUUUGUCCACCCCUGUGGGCAGCUCCAACCCUCAGCCCAUCCCUCCUCAGUCUCAUCCAUCUACCAGUAGCAGCUCAUCUGAUGGGCUUCGUGAUAAUGUACCGUGUUUAAAAGUCAAAAGCUCACCACUUAAACAGUCUCCAGGUUACCAGACAGAGCUGGUUAUUCAGUUGGUGUGGGUGGGUGGAGAACCUCCCCAGCAGAUCACCAGUCUGGCACUCAACUCUUCCUAUGGACUGGUGGUUUUUGGCAACUGUAAUGGCAUUGCAAUGGUUGACUACCUCCAGAAGGCAGUACUGCUCAACCUGGGCACCAUCGAACUGUACGGCUCGAAUGAUCCUUACCGGAGAGAACCCCGGUCGCCUCGGAAGUCACGACAACCUUCAGGAGCAGGCCUGUGCGACAUUAGUGAAGGGACUGUCAUCACAGAGGAUCGCUGCAAAUCUCCGACUUCCGGUUCUUCAUCACCACACAAUUCAGAUGAUGAACAAAAAGUGAAUAAUUUUAUAGAAAAGGUGAAGACCAAAAGCAGAAAGUUUUCCAAGAUGGUAGCCAGUGAUCUAGCAAAGAUGUCAAGGAAAUUAAGCUUGCCAACUGACCUAAAGCCCGAUUUAGAUGUAAAAGAUAAUUCCUUCAGCAGAUCUCGGAGUUCAAGUGUCACCAGCAUUGACAAGGAGUCCCGAGAGGCUAUCUCUGCUCUUCAUUUCUGUGAAACUUUUACUCGAAAGGCAGACUCCUCCCCCUCCCCAUGUCUGUGGGUAGGAACGACACUGGGAACAGUGUUCAUCAUCACACUGAACCUUCCCCCCGGGCCCGAGCAAAGACUCCUUCAGCCAGUGAUUGUGUCUCCAAGUGGUACUAUAUUGAGGUUAAAAGGUGCAAUCUUGAGAAUGGCAUUUCUGGAUGCCGUGGGCUGCUUAAUGCCACCUGCGUCUGAACCCUGGAAAGAGCACAACGUUCCUGAAGAAAAAGACGAAAAGGAGAAACUGAAAAAGCGGCGCCCUGUCUCAGUCUCCCCCUCCUCUUCUCAGGAAAUUAGUGAAACCCAGUAUGCAGUGAUAUGUUCUGAAAAGCAAGCUAAGGUCAUCUCACUGCCAACCCAGAACUGUGCGUACAAGCAGAACAUUACCGAGACAUCCUUCGUGCUUCGCGGAGAUAUUGUAGCACUGAGCAACAGUGUCUGCCUCGCCUGCUUCUGUGCCAAUGGCCAUAUUAUGACUUUCAGUUUGCCAAGCUUAAGACCUCUGUUGGACGUCUACUACUUGCCCCUUACCAACAUGCGGAUAGCCAGGACCUUUUGCUUCACCAACAAUGGACAAGCGUUAUACCUUGUUUCACCGACAGAAAUCCAGAGACUCACCUACAGUCAAGAGACGUGUGAAAAUCUUCAAGAGAUGCUGGGUGAACUCUUCACUCCUGUAGAAACACCAGAAGCGCCCAACAGGGGGUUCUUUAAAGGCCUAUUCGGAGGCGGUGCACAGUCUCUCGACAGAGAGGAAUUAUUUGGAGAGUCAUCCUCAGGAAGGGCCUCAAGGAGCCUUGCACAGCACAUCCCGGGUCCUGGUGGGAUUGAAGGCGUAAAGGGGGCUGCAUCUGGAGUUGUGGGUGAACUGGCCCGAGCCAGGUUGGCCCUGGAUGAAAGAGGACAGAAGCUUGGUGACUUGGAAGAGAGAACUGCAGCCAUGUUAUCCAGUGCAGAUUCAUUUUCUAAACAUGCUCAUGAGAUGAUGCUGAAAUACAAAGAUAAAAAGUGGUACCAGUUCUGACAACCAGAAUCCAAUAAGACUAGCUUCAGCCAGAAGGAGAAGGAAAUUUCCGUGUUGAUGUCGUUGACGUGUCUGGGAAGAGAACACGGAAGGGCGGCACACUGCUGCAAACUGUUCUUUCCCAGUACAAUCAGGCACUGUUUUACCUCAGUCACACGGCUUCACCUGAGAACUCACACACGUGCAAACUGGAGCACACAGUUGCGCUGGCUGUGCGUUGACAACCGGAGAACUUAGCGGGGUCACAUUGACGGAUGAAAACCACAAAGGGAUGUUGAGAAGUCCCAGUGGGCUAUUCCUUGGAUCAUUCCUGUAUUAAACUUUCAUAUGCCAAAAGAUUUUGUGCCGUUGUAUCUGCCAUCAGUGUUUGAUCCGAUGUGGGGAGAGGCAAUAAAUCAGAAGUCAUAUGUCCAAAAUGGUCAUAUUUGUGUCGGGACUGAGUUAUGAACAGCUGUCUGGACUCGCCCUCUCCCAGACAGACUGGUCACCGGUAUCAUUAGUGAAAAAGCAACAAACUGUCCCUUUUCCUCUAGUCUGCUGAAUGGUGGGCUUUAAGUAAGCAGAGCAUACACCGCUGUGUAUGGCAUCCUCUUCGAUCCUUCUUACUAUAUAUUUGUGUUCAGUUACUAUUUUUUCAGAAGCAAAACAAGGUGAUACAUCACUUUUCAUGGAAAAGUGUAGCGCAUGACUGAGUUGCUCAUCUUCUGAGAGUCUCCAUGUAGUGGCCAUGCGGUGUGGAAAGUAAGAAACCCUCCAUUGUGGUGAGGAGAAUUCUUCAAUGUCUUUUGUCCUUGUUCACAUUAGUUCAGCUAAAGGUAGAUUUGACCUAAAGAGUUACUGGUUCAAUUUGUAGAAAAGUUGAAAUUGGCUAAGUUUUUAAUUUUGCUUGAAUUUUUAUAAAAUGUUUAACCAAAUGUACCCUUGUAUUAUUUAAUUAAAAUUGCUAAAACAACCAUGUUUCAUCAUUUCAGUAAAAUGCUCAGCUCCCCUUUAAAAUGUCCUUUACUUGCUAACAAUUCUAGUACCCUCAGAUGAAUACGAGCCAGUUAAAUCUUAGUGCACAUGCUGUUGCAUGGGAGACUGUAAGCAUCUUUUGUCAGGAAUCGUCCAAGAGUCUAGUCUAAUGACCUGCAAAACAUGUCCUGUAGAAAUAUAUUACAAAUCUGUACAUACCCUUCCGAAAUACUAAAGGCAAAGAGGAAAGGAGAGUAUGUUCACUUCCCUAACUGAAUGUUUUCCGUGAUAAAGAGAGAUGUGCAUUCAAUGGCAGACACUGGAUGAUUGGUUCCUGCAGUAGCAUUACAGCCCAGAAAGGAAGCAGUCUCUGCUACAGUCAGAGGCUGUAACUGUUAGAGCCACAAAGGAAGAAAUGGAGUGUGAGUAUGAAAUUGAUAUCCUGUCUUCUAUCAAAGUCUCUACUGAGUCAUUUAUCCCUAAAUACGCAGGGCACACAUUAACAGGAAGCCUGCUUGUUUUCUCUUCCGUGUGAUGCGUGAAGUUCCCUGUAAGACUUUUUCAGUUUCACAGACUGUCACUCACAUGUUUCCCUUUCAUUAAUACAUCUUUUGUUUACAUUUUAUAAUGCGCACUCCUGGAUAUAAAAGUUUACAUCAAAGUUUAUUUUAAAUAGCAUUGAGUAAGGAUUAAAUAUAUGUGGUGGAGAAUUGAUCAAGAAAAAAAUGUUUUAUAACUACAAACCUUUUUAAAAGUUUCUCAAUCCAUAGAAAGUGAGUAGCAUUUCUGUUUUGUGUCUGUGCUCUGAACAUUCGGUAGUUUGCAAAUUGCCUAAUUUGCAUUAUACAUUGUCCACUAAACCCAUGUCCUGUGAUACCUCAUAGGAAGACUUGUGUCCUUUUUAAAAGGUAUAGUUUUAUGAAUAUCAGUAGUUGAGAAUUUUAAAAGGUUGACAUACUAAAGUAACCUGACACACUGCUUGACUCUGUGUGGAGCUAUUAAUUUGCUGGAUUAUUUGUGUGUCAAAUUCCUUUCUAUAGUCAUUUUAAGUGAUGUAAAUAAGAUGAAUUAAAGUUGUAACUAUUUACUAAUAGAGAAGUAGCUGUGUUUACCAGAGAUGGGUUUUAUAAGAACAUCCUAAUGCAUUAUUUUAAAUUAUUUGUUUCUUUUUUUUAUUAAUCUACGUAUUGUACACAACAAACUGAAAGACUGGGAAUAGAAAGUACAAAGUAUUUUUGGAUGGAGAAAAUGAUCUUCGCAAGUUAUGCUUGAUGCUGUAAAUAAAAGAGUGCAGUACCGAAGACCCAGGGGAUGGCUGCCACACCCAACCUACUCCUGUCUUUUUUGAUGCAAAAAGAGUAGUCACCAGCCAGCCAAAGUUUCAGGAAAUCUAACAGCAACAACAAAAGGUCAAAAUAAAAAAUAUCAGAAAAUGAAAAGAGAGAGAGUGUGUGUGUGUGUGUGUAUAUGUGUGUGUGUGUGUUUGUCUUUGAUUGCAAAAUUCAUGUAGUCUGCAGUUAACAUUAUUAGCAGGAAGAGAUUGCUCUGUGUGCAUCACAUACCCAACCCAUUUCAUUUUGUAAACUAAAAUCAGUCCAUAUUUGCUUAGAAUACUGUUAUUCAAAGUAUUUCAUUUUCUCAAAAUCUUUUUAUCUGUUUAAAAAAAUGGCAUCACCUCAACAUGCGCUUGCAUUGGAGUCCUACUGUGUUUCCAAAAAUUGAUUAUGCAUUUCAAAAACCUAUUCUUCUUGAUGUGAGGUUGUCAUGGAAAAAAUUCUGCUGUAUACAUCUGUCCUUCUGUGUGAGGAUACUGUAGGUUCAUAAGAAUAUCCCUUUGGUCAGUAAACAUACGAGUGUAUGAAACAAGCCUGAAAGUGUACAUACAUUUAGGAUGAAGGGAAUACUAGGAGACUACUGAGGAAUGGGGAUUUGUUCCAAGUUCACCCUGAGUCCUGUAUUCGAAUCCUCUGUGCUUUGCUCAAGGCAUUUGGCAUGUGACGUUAGUAAAGCUAUCUCCAAAGGUGAUUUUUGUGUGUGCGUGUGACAAAGAUUUAUUUUAACUUGGGGGAUUUUUGUUUAUUUGUUUCUGCAAAAUAAAGAGCACUGAACUUUAAACUUGAAUUUUUCUGCACUUUUUUAGGUAAUGACUUUUGUUGUCAUUUAGUCUGCAUUUUUGGUUUAAAUCAAGUGGUGUGUGUGCGUGAAACAUACCAAAAUCGUGACUAUGCUGCUAGCUGCACCUGGAACCAAUCAGUUCUAAAACCUGUAAUAGGGUUUUCUGUAGCUUUUAAAGAUUAAAAACAAGAGAAAUCGUUUGCUGUACAUGUCGGUGUUCUUGAUCUUUGUUGCAACAAUUUCUGGGUUGUUCACAAUCAAUCAUGCAGUGACACGUUAUAUUUAUAUACUGCUAGAGAAUAUACUUUUAGUUUUAGAUGAAUUUUUAUAAAUGUAUUCUUUAAUUUUAAAAUGGUGAACUUGUUAAGUCAAAGUACUUAAAAAGUAUGUAUAUUAUCCAUACAAAAAGUUAUGUUUUACACUUAUAAUAAGAAAUACUGAUAUCUCAUAUCGAGAUAUAAUUAUGUUUUAAAAAGUCAUGCAUCACUGAAAAGUCUUCGCACAUGCCAAGAUACAAUUAUAUAGCUUUUUUUUUUAAAAAACCCUCUACUGAAUAUUUUCAAUCUUGAUUUUAUUUUGACAGGAAAUGUCCACAACAAUUAUUUCUAUAACUUUCUCUAUAUCUUCAGCUUGCUGUUAGAUGCCUAUCUUAGCUAUUAUUAAUAUAUAUAUAUAUAUAUUGAAAAUGAUUUCCAGAUAUUUUCUUCUAUCUUUUUUAAAAAUAAAUUUCCAAAAAAUAGGAACAGAGUUAUGUAUUUUUGUCAAUGAACUUUUUUUUUAUUUUGUGGUUUAUAAAAUUUGUUCCUCAUCAGUCUGAUACUUAAUCAGUAUUCCUAGGCUAUUAAAUCUCUAUUUACUUUGGAAAGGAUACUCCUGUGUAGUCAGUGUCCCUUCUGGUUUUCUGUUUCGUCUUUUUCUGUUGGUGUUUGUUCUGGGUUGAGAUGGAUGCAAACGUGUACUUGUGAUUCGGGAAUGAAUGCGGCUACUGGGGUUUGUCAGUGGCUAGCUCCUUUCUCAGGUCGUCUUACAGAGUGCUGUGGGCAUCAUGGCUGUCUGCCUCAGAUGCUGUGAAGGCUAUGAAGGGGGUGGGGAUUGGAGCUGAGCUUUCCUGAGGAAGUAAAUGGUUUCAGUAACUUCCCUUCAAUUAUGGGCCUGAGGCCACUGGCCCAGUUCAUUCAUGAACUAGGUACCAGCCACAGAGCCGCUUUGGAGUGUCCUGUGUCUGUCCCUCAGAGGGAUUAUGGGUGCACUUCUGUCAAUACUUUUCAGCAAGACACAUAGUUUAAAGUCAAAUUAGUCUUGUCUGUAAGACGUAAAUGAAUAGUGUCAAUUGAUUUGUUGUAGGUUAAUUGCUAUGGAAUUCUUUUAUGUGAUUUUGGAUUUUGAUGUUUUAAGGUUUUUUUUAAUAUUACCAUUUGUAUUUUAUCUAAACUUUGCUUCAGUUAAAGACAAUGUAAUGAGUUGCAAACAAACUUAACACAUCAAUGGGAAGAAAUGCAAAGAUGAGAAAUAGUGACUUUACUAUUACUGUUUGGUUUUCUUUUUUGUAAAUAGUAAUGUGAUAUAUGUUAGGUGUGACCUCUGCUCAACAUGGUAGCUAGAAUUGGGGGUGGGGGUGCUUUCUAGUUACACCAUUGGUUCAUUGUAAAUGUGUUUUCAAAAAAUUAUUUUAAAAAAAGACAGAUUUGUUUCCUGGCAUUGUCCACACUGAGGGUGAGCAUGUUUGGUCCAGACUGCUCCCUGUGUUUUGUAAACCCCAUGUGUGCUGUUCAGCUGAUGCAUUCUCUGUGUUCACUCAGCCCAGUAACUCUAAGAUAAUUCUGGAAUUGCUUUCCAACCGCAGUUGUCUUUUUUUUUAAUUAUCUGUGUAUUAUCUCAUUUUUUAGAUAGCUCUAUUGCAAACACUAAAAAUGUCUUGCAACUUUGUAGUUAUUUUGCAUUCCUGUAACUUAACAGAAAAGGAAAACCUGUCAUCACAGCAAAAAGGUUCAAUAUUAAGUAAUGAAUUUUUUUGUAAACAAAUACCAUUAAGCUGGUAUUCUAAGAAUGUAUUACAAAUUAAUGUUUCUGGAAAGUGUGCAUACAUGUGUAUAUGAAUGUCUGCUGAAGGGCUCUGAUUGGGCAAAAUAAAAUACUCAAAUCUCUCCUGAAACAAAAAAA